AUCAAUUCGUUUUGUGUUCCCCAACUUUUUAAACACAAGUCACCAACCCAUCAGAUAACAGAGAGAUCAAGAAGAUCACACGUGGGAAAUUAACUUACCAGUUUGCAAUGGCGUCAAUGACCAUGACAUCUCCAUUUCUCCCUACCGUCUCUAAGCUUCCGGCAAACAUCUCCGGCAACAGCAGAAGAAGCCUCACCGUCGUCAAAGCCUCCACCAGCGAGAACACAACAAGCUUGGAGAACAAGAAGCAAGAACAGAGCAUGAAGAUGAGAAGGGAUCUGGUGUUCACAGCUGCAGCUGCGGCUGUGUGUUCCUUAGCCAAGGUGGCAAUGGCGGACGAUGAGCCAAAGAGAGGAACAGAGGCUGCAAAGAAGAAGUAUGCUCCUGUCUGUGUCACAAUGCCUACGGCCAGGAUAUGCCGUAACUGAAUUCGCUAUAUAACCAGUAACAAUUCAUAUGCCUCUGAAUAUAUGUCAGUGAAAACUGUUCUCAGUGUGGUUUGUAAUGAUGAUAUAUUGAUCAAAUCUAUAGAAACCCUUUUGUUUAUGUA